AUGAAAUGUUUUUAUGAACAUUGUACUGAGAAUUUAUUAGAAUGCUCACUCGUCAAAUUUAAUAAAACUCGUCUUAAUUGUGUUGAAAAGAAUGUAGCAUAUGAAGAAAAAUAUUUAAAUAAAAAAAAACACUUUGAUAGUUUGUUAGAUUUAAAAUUCUGCACAAUAAAAAGUAGAAAUAUAUUUAUCAAGACAAAUAAAUGUGAACAAAAUUUUAGAGAGAAGGGGAAGUAUAAUUCCUUAAGUAAUAUUUCAAAUGAUUAUUUAAUAGAUAGUAAUAAUAUUAAAGAUCAUAAUAAAAAAAACAAAAACAAAAAAAAGAACAAACAAACUCAACAAGUUAUAAAUAAUAAGAAUGAUGUUUUAUUAAAAAACGAAGUAGAAUAUUCUGCUUAUUUUAUAUCAAGACAAUGGAGCGAAGAAUAUAUUGAUGAAGAUAAUUUGGAAUACUCAAAAAGAAAUGACCAUAAGAAUAUAUCUCUUUUUAAAAGUUAUGUAAUUAUAGGAAAACAUACUCAUAGAAAUUCUAUAUGCUUAUAUGAAGAAAUUAUUGUUGAAAUUUUAAAUUAUAAUGUAGAUGAUGAUGGUGUUUUUGUACAGAUACAUGUUAACAAAAAUCAGAAGAAAAUAUUUUUAUUAUCAACCAAAGAAUGUGUUAUAAUUUAUUAUAAAGAUUUCGAAAAACAAAAGAAAAGAUAUGAAAUGGAAAAAUCGAAAAGGAAAGAUAGUAUUAUAUUGUUAUUAACAGAAAACGAAAAAACAAAAAGAAAAAAAAAAAAAUUUAAAAUAAAUCCAAUUAAAGGAUAUCUUCUUUUACAUAAUAAAAAUUUUUAUGUAUCUCCUAAAAGAAAAAUAAUUAAAGCAGAAUGGUUUAAUAAAUCAAAUAAUAUAAUAGCCUUAUUAACAUAUGAAAAAUAUUGUUUAUAUGAAUCCUAUAGCUCUAAUUUUAGAUCAGUCUUUAGAUUAAUUAAUGUAAAUAAUAACCCUUUAGAAGAAGUCAAAAUUAUUUUACCAGAUAUCGAUAUACUUCAAAGCAAAAUAAGUGGUAAUGUUGAUUUAUUAAAAAAAAAGAAUAUAUCGAAUAAAAGGGAAGAUAUGUAUAAUAAAAGGGAAGAUAUAAAUAAUAAAAGGGAAGAUAUAAAUAAUAAAAGGGAAGAUAUAAAUAAUAAAAGGGAAGAUAUAAAUAAUAAAAGUGAAGACAUGUAUAAUAAAAGCAAAUAUAAAGAUGAACACCAUAAUAUUGCACCCUCAUCAUUAGACAAGACAAAUGACAAAAACAAUGUUACAAAUGUUUGUUUAAAUAGUACUAAAAAUUAUGUAAGUUAUGAUAAUACAAAAGAAAGCGAAUAUGUCGACAAUUCUGAUUAUUAUUCUAAUGAAAACCCUAAUUCUUUUUUAUCCAAAAGGGAAGAAAACCAUAAAAUGGAAGGAGAAGGGGAGAGGAACAAAAAAAAAACGCAAAGUGAUGAUAUAUCAGAAAAUAAUAAAAUAAAUCAAAAGGAUGAGCAUAAUAAAUUGUGUAAUAACAAUUCUUCGAUGAUAAAUAAAAUGAUGGAUUCUUUAGAAUCAUAUGAUUGUAACUUAGAUAUGAAAGAAGAGAAAAAACAAAACAAUUAUUAUGAUUUUAAAAAUAAUUCUAGUGAAUAUGCUGAAACAUCAAAUUAUUCUUCAUCAUAUGAUAUAUUUAAAGAAAAGAAAAAAAACAAAACAACAAAAAAACAAAUAGAAAUAAAUGGAAAUGUGAAUGAAGGAUUUGAUUCAAUUAUAAAUUAUUAUAAUGAUGAUAUAACAAAUAAUAAUACCAAAGAAAAUGAUAUUCUUCCUGAUGAUUUUGAAAAUAAUGAAAAACGAUAUUUAUUAAAAAAAAUGAAAUAUAAAAAUUUAGUAGUAGAUUUUUCAUUCGGUACAAUAAAUGAACAAAUAUUAUGGAUAGAAACAUGUUUAUUUUUAUUAUAUCAAAAUGGAAUUAUUUUAGUUUAUACACCUGUACUUACAAAAAGAUGUUAUAUAAGCUAUUAUUUAUUAAACGAAAUUAAUGAAAUUAAAAAUAAAAGCCAUAUGAUAAUAAAAGAACAAUUAAAUGAUGAACAGAAAAAUAUUAAAAAGAAUAAAGAUAGUGGUGAUAAUAAUAAUAUUAAUAUUUUUAAUAAUCAAUAUGUAGAAGAUUUUUUAGAACAUUUUCAUUAUUUUAAAUAUUGUACUGUAGAAAAAUAUAAUAGUAUGUAUGUUUAUGUAAAUUUUUUUGACAACAAACAAAAAAACAAACAAAAAAACAACAAAAUAAACAACAAAAGCAUAAUAAACGAAUCUGUCAUAAUUCAUAAUGAAAUAGAUCAUCUAAAAAAUUCAUCAAAAAAUAAUACAUAUCAAUAUGCUCCUUAUAUUAUAAAUUGUUUAAAAAAUUCCCUCUAUAGUAGUAUAAAUUUAAUAUAUUAUAAUAAUUUAGUUAUUGUAUGUGUUUGUGAUAAAUUUGGAUAUAUUUCCUUUUUUCUAUUAAAUUAUUUUUUAACACCUUUUCUCAUAUCAUUAAAUAAAUUCAAAAAAGAAGAAAAUAAACUAUUUUCAUUCUCCUUUGCUAAAACAAAAAAGAAAAAAGAACCUUUCUAUUUUAAUAUUUUUAAUAUUAAUCAAAAUGUUACCUUACAAAAAAUGACUUUACCAAAUAUGAUGAAUUUGGUUAAUAAAGAAAAGUAUGAUGAGUACUAUGACAAGUUAAAAAAUAAACUUACUCUUAAAAAUAUAAUAGAUAAAGCUCGAAAACGAAAUGGAAUAGUUCAAAGUAUGUAUCAACGAUUAACAAUAAAAAACACCACGAAGAAGGAAAAUAAAACAAAUUGCAUAUCAUCGGAUAAAAGUAAUGUCAUAUCAUCGGAUAAAGGUAAUGUCAUAUCAUCGGAUAAAAGUAAUGUCAUAUCAUCAGAUCAAACGAAAAAGGAAACAAACUAUAUAAAAAGUAGUUGCCACAAUAGUGAAGUUGAGAUAUAUAAUAGUACCAGAGAAAAUAAUGUGAAAAAUAAUAAACUAGAAAAAUUAAAACAUCUUAAAGUAAAAUUUGAGGAUGAUCAUAAAAGAAUAAAUUUUAAAAAUUAUGAAGAAGAAAAUAUAAAAGGUCAUAAAAAUAAAUAUAUAGAAUUUUACAGGUUGGAUGAAAAUGAAUCAAAUGUGGAAUGUACCAAAUAUCAUACAAAUAAAAAAGAUGAUGAAAAAAAUUACAAAAAAAAAAGCACAAAAAUACAGAAAGAUAUAAAAACGCAAGAAAACAAAAAUGACAUUACAAAAGAACUUGAAGAAGAUAUAUAUUUAUCAUGUUAUGAAGAUAUAAAUGAUAUGUAUAAUAUAAAUGAUUAUAUAUUUAAUGAUUUUAAUAUGGAAUAUCGUUUAUUAAAUAUACUAUUAUUUGAUUCAUUUUAUACAGGAAUGAAUAAUGUAAAAUCUAUUGUUUUAUCUAAUAAUAGUUUAUUAUGUUUUAAUAAUAAUAAGGUUAUAGUACUAAAUUUAAUAUGGUUAAAAUUCUUGAAUGUUAUUUUUUAUUUAUUAUAUGUAAAGAAUUAUUUAUGUGCCAAACUUGUACAUGAAAUAUGUAAGAGUGGAUUAUAUAUGAAGACAUUUAUAUUUAAGUCGAUAAUAAAUUUUUAUGAAUUUGAUUAUUAUAAUUAUCUGUUAUUAGAUUUUACUAAACAAUUAUGUUAUCAUAAUUUUGUAAAAUUGUUUAAAGUAGAUGAAAAGGUUUUAUUACAUUUUCAAAAGCAGAUAAAAAAAAACGAAAACGAUAAAAAUUAUAAAAAUAGAAAUAAAUACAUAAGUAUAGACAACAACAACAACAACAAUAAUAAUAAUAAUAAUAAUAAUAAUAAUAAUUGUAGUAACAAUAGCUACCAUAGUAAUCAUAUUUAUUAUAAUAAUGCUGUAUCAAAUAAUUAUUCCAUCUUUAAUAAACCAAAGAAUGAACUUUUUGAUCUUUUUCAAUCCGAAGUGUUAUAUAAUGUACAAUAUAUUUUAUUCCCCAUAAUUGUUGAAAACGAUUAUAAUAUUUUAUCUAAUAAUAAAAAUGAAGUUUAUUUUAUUUUUAGUCAUUAUAUAAAUAUAGAAUGUCAAAGGAAAUAUGAAUUAUUUAUGAAAAAUUAUAUCAAUUUCUUUACUUGUUCCAUGAAUAAAAAUUUAUAUCUUGUAUAUGAUUGUUUCAAAUUAAAUAUUAUUAAAAAUAAUCAAGAAAUUAAAAAAAAACAUAUUAAAACAGAUAUACAUUUAAUAGAGAAAAAAAAAUAUAAUCCAUUCUGUUUACUAUCAGAAAAUAUGAACCUAAGAAAUUUUAUUAUUAAUACUACUAUAGUAAAUGAUGAUACAUUAGAUAUUUCUUUAUAUAAAUUAUUAUUUUCUUUUUUUAUGAAUUUAGGCUCAGUUGAUAGUACUAUAGAAUUAAUUAAAAAAAAUCUUAUAUACUUUAAAGGUAGGUGGAAUAUAUCUGAUAUACUAUUUUCUAAACAUUUUCAAAACAACCAAUAUUUUUCAAAACAUCAUAAUAUAAACCAUAAAUCAUUAAAUAACAAACAAUACAUAUUUGAUAACAAAUCUAUUACAUAUUAUGAACACUCAUUUAAUUCCGAAUCAAAUAAAAAUUAUACUCAUAACAAUAAUGAUGAAUAUAAACAAAAUAAAAACCACAAAUAUAUAAACAAACAACAUGCUAAAGAUAAUACACACAUACAUAAUGAUUCUUUACCAAAUUUUAAUCACCAACAAAUAAUUGUAAGUGUAUCAAACCAUAAUAAGAAUAUAAUAAAUCAAUAUGAAUAUCUAUAUAACAAAACAAAUAGACUAUAUACACUUUCUUCUAUAGAAUUUAUAAAAUUCAUAUUUUUAUUAUUAGAUAAAAAUAUUUCAACCAAUAGUAAUACAUUAUUUAAAAAAACAUAUAACAAUCAAAUAGAUAAUAAUUUUAUUUUAAAUUAUAAUUUUCCAAAAAAAGAUGAUCAAAUAAAUCCAGAUAUUAUCAUAAAUGAUAUCAAAACAUUUAUUAUAAAUAAUGAUAUUAAAAAACAUGAAAAUUCAGAUUGUAUCAUUUUAAUUAAAAAAUUAAUCAAAAUAAAAAAUAAUUAUAUAGAUGUUAAAGAUUACUAUAUAAAGAAAUAUAAUGUUAAUAUAAAUAAAUCAUCUAAACAAAUUAAUGAAAUCCAAUAUUUAGAAAAUAUACUAAAAACAUACUACUUUUUUCAUAGUCUUAAUACAUAUUAUGAAAAGAAAUUUAAAAAAAUUAAAAAUAAAAUUAUUCAUCUUAUCGCUUUAAAAAUUAUCAAUUUUAUUAAAACACAUACAAGUAUACAGACUGUAAGUAAAAACUUGGUAGAUAAAAAUUCGUCUCUUUUAAAAGAUAUGCAAUUAUGUUAUGAUAACCAACAGUUAAUAAGAAAAAAAUUUUACUUGAUAAAGAAGAAGAUAAUAAUGCAUAACCUUUUAAUUUCACAACAAGUAAGAAACACAUGUAUACCAGCAAAAUAA